AUUUUGGGUUCUGUGAAGCUCAGCUGCUCUUCGCAUUAAGAAGUAAACGUACUGUACACACGUAUUAUGUGUCGUUCGCGCUUCCUCGCUUUAAACUUGAAGGACCAAUUUAGGUGGAAAUAAUGUAUCUAAUAAUUAACAAAUUCGUGCUAAUUUAAUAAAAGAAGUUGGUAUUAUUUUGUGAGUGCAGUUUAUUGAUAAACAAAUCUGAUUGUGUCAUUUGUGGCUAGCAAUUUUCUCGAUGUUGGGGGUGCUGAAGCGACGUUGGAAGCCUAAAAGGGCGUCCAACGGCUCGCGCUUUUCCAGCGACAUAAAUCAGCUGGACUCGGAUAAGCACCGACUAGCGCCCUCCGUGAGGCAAGUUCAUCCGCUAUGCGACGAAAAGGCGCAGCUUUUGGCCUACGAAAAACCUUCAAGUUUGGAAACCAACCACAACAAUCGUCCCAGUAUCGAUCUGAACGCUAGUCCACCCCCUUACCCAAAAAGAGCUAGUUUGGAUUCCAACCCCAGUCCCACUUCCUAUCCGAUAACGCCGAAUAUAUGCGUCGAGGCCGGACGAAUUGAAUUUAUCAAACAGACCGUAGAUGGAGCUUUGGAGAGCGUCGCGACGACCAAAAUCGAUGAAAGGAUAACGAUUACCAGGGGUCUUCAAACGGACGAGGACGAGAAAUUGGACGACACGAAGGAAAGCUUGAAAGCUCGCAUUGCGGAGCUUGAAGCAGCUUUAGAGGCCGCCCAAAAAGUUGAACAGCGUGACAAGCAGAAUCUCGGUAAACUUCAAAGACAGCUUUCGAGGAGGGAAUCCGCGCAAAGGGAUGCAGACAGAGAACGUCGACUUAGGGCCGAUAGUGAAGCCCGUGCUAAACAGGCACUUCAAGAAGCUGCUCGCUGUAGAUCGCGACUUAAGCUUCUUACCCACGAAUUUUCAAGGAUGGAAGAAACAGUCCGAUCUAUGCUCGUUUACAAGAGUAGAGCUGAGCAACUCCGUCAAGAAAAAGCUGCAUUAACUGUUGCGUUCGAGAGCCGUUGCCAACAGUACCAGACCACAAUUACAAGACUGAACCAAGAAAUCACAACUUUGAGGCAGCAGGUAGACAAAGUACAUUCGGAACCAGGAAGUCGCGAAGGUGCGCUCCAAGCACACUCGGUGGCCCUUCACCGUCAAGCCGAGGAAUCGAGAAAGCAAUACGAACGUUGUUUGGACGAUGUUGCAAAUCAAGUCGUCAAAGCACUUUUGGCGCAAAAGGGUUUGCGUGAAGAAAUCACAAAUCUUCACAAAAGGAUUCAGGACUUAGAAUCUCAGAAUAGGGCAUUAACUUCAAUGUUAGUUCAUCAGUUGAGAGGAGACUCGAUGUCCGCAUCCGAUUUGGAUCUUUCUGCAUCCAAUCAUCUCGCUUUGGAAGACUCCAGCAAAAUCGAAGAUAACACCUCCGCCGAUGUGUCCCCGACAAACUUAAUGAAGACUAGCUUAACUGUCAAGCACUGCAACUCGUUCAAUUCUGACGUUUUGGAUAAUAGUUCAAGCGAAAGCCACACCGAGACGAUUACAAAUUUCAAAAUCUUAACGAAAACCGAAAAACACCUCUCUGCCGAUUCUAAUCUUAUAGACAAACAAUUUUCGUUGGAAGACAAGAAAAGGCAUCAGAUAUUAACGCAACUUUGGACUGAACUGAAAGGGACUGAAGUAACACCCAAACGGCUUCUGGAGGCUUUAUCCUCUGUCGAUUCGUCACUGUGGAUACCGCCCCAGCGCCCUGUUUCGCUUAACUUACAAUUGCCGAUUUUGCAAGCGGCGAAGUAUCGCAGAAGUAGGCCAAUCAUCGCACAAUCGUCGAAAAGUGAAGAGGAAACAACCGGAAACGAAUCUCCAGAGAGUGGGAACCGUGACGAAGGUUACUCCACGAUGUCUUCUGACGUACAGGCCGAGGUGUCCAAGGCAUCGGGCGAAGUCGUGAGCGCUAGUCGAGGAUUGGAAGAUCUGAAAGAAGCGACUGAUGAGACUGAGGUUGCCGAAACGCGACUGCUAACUACUGAUAAUCAAGAUUCCGAUAUUUUAUAUAUUCCUAUUAAUCUCCUCGGCAUUAACCCUAGGAACAGCUACCCUCCCUCAAAAGAAAUUUUACCAUUUCAACACAUAAUGCGAAGCUUCUCCGACUCGCAUCUCUGUAUUAAAAUAACAACGGCGCCAAGCCCUUGCUACUCUUUGAGUUCGCCAAUUUCUAGCAGCCCGAGCAUUCUGUUGUUGGAUAUUACUGAGAAAAAGAUGAAUCCACUGCGGCGAGUGAAGGCGGCCGCUAGUUUGCUAGUCAUUUGUUUAGCAAGUGGCGCCAUGGAUUUUUUGGACGACCAAACCAGUCCGAGUUCGUGGUCGAGUGCGGCGGAAGAAUGUCUCAAAUGUACAACGUUGGACGCCGAGUACAUCCAGCAAUGGCUGCGAUUGGACGAGACGAGGUCGGCGAUACAGCAGCACCAUCGAGACAUGCUGGAGCUCGAGUACGACCACACGGAGCUCGAAGAUUGGAGUUUGAGUUUGUCGAACGACGACGGUCGCAACGAGAAAAAAACCGACGCGACGACGCCUGGCCAAAUUUCGCUGUCGACCACCUUGCCGAGCAUUCAGGAGAAUAACGCGCUGGAACUGGAGGAGGAUUCGAACGAGUGCCUGUGGAAUAACUCGAGUUAUAUGAUGGAUCGGGAGGGUCACGAGCUGGUCGCGUUGCUGAUGGAUACGAACGAUUGCCAGGGGGAGAAACAGUGGCCUUAUGCAGUGCAUGAUUGUUUAAAUUUGAAUAAUUCGUCUGACAAUAGCUGGUCAAGUAACGGCUCCGACUGUUGCCAUUCCUAUGAGCCGGAAACGUACUCGAAACGAUCGUCGGCGGCCUUAAGCGGUUGCAGUGACGAUACGGGGGAACUUCCAGCUAUUGGUACUGAUUUUACUAGGGACUUUUAUAGAUUGGUUAAGUUUGAAAGUACAAAAAGCCUAGCAUCAACGUCUUCCAGAAGUUUAGGAGGUGCUUUAUCGGAAAGCGGCGAUCGAGAGACGGCGUUGCAGAACGUCCUAACGUUCAUCGCCGAGCAGCAAAAGUACGUGCAUUCUUGCGAUGGGAAGGACCCGAGACCGUGUUCUGUAGGCGAUAUCGCUAAGGAUUUCAACAUAGACGGUCCGCCUCAAAAUACCGAAAGUGUGACUAAAAUAUCGAAGAAUGAGAAUUAUGUAACGCUUAAGCAGCUCGCGACGGAGUACUCUUUAAAUGAACAAAAUUCCAUUAAGGAUAUUCCUGCGAAUGUAAAUUUAGAAUCGUACCCGAAUAUUUCGUAUGCCGAAGAGGUUUGUUUGGUUACUCCUUUGGAUGUGGAAAGUGAAAAUUGUUCGAAUAUUAGUGAGCACCCUGUUGAUAUUUGCAGUAGUAUAAGUGUAGAAAUAAGCGCUACGGAUUUUAAUAAUACAGUUUUAGAUUUAAAGGUCCACGACGCCAGUGAUAAUAGUGAUAAUUUGACUAUUUCUAGUGAUUUAAUUAAAUCUGGUGAUACAUUGUGUAGUGACACGCAGAAUAAUAUGAGCGAAUCGAUAACGUCGAGUACUAGCACGCCGGAUACUGUCGUUUCAAAAAUACCUAGACUAAAGCAGACACCUUCAAAAAUUCCUGUUAGUCCUAAUAAAAGUGUAAAGAAUAAUCAAAACAAUAACAAUAACGUACACGAAUCGAAAUUGCCAAAGAGUAAGAUACAGUACAAAAGUUCCAAAAUUUCGAGGCCGAUCGGCGCUCAGAAGCAGAAGGCCGUGCAAAUGCAGAACUCCCAGCCGCAACCUGUGAUCACUUCGGAAAGACUUCCACAAUAUUCGUCGGGCGUGAUAAGUACCAUAAUAGACGGACCUCCGCAUCGGGCCGUUAGUUUUCACGAGCGCGCCACCUCCAAGGAUGUUAUCGACGAACUUAAUCGAAUGAUUCAGAAAGGGGAUGACGUUGUCAUUAAUCAGGAGAAAAGUGAUGAUAAUCACAGUACAACUUUGGAUGAGGCGUGUAGACCGACAGGAUGGAUACAUGUGGAAAAGGAUAUUGAUCUCACUGAUCCCAAGGCACGCGCCAAUUUAUUAGAUGUUAUGAUGGCCUCUGUGUCUAGCGAUUCUUCUCCAACGUCGUCGUGCGGCGGAAGUGUCGGUAGCGAUUCAACGGAAGAGGCGCCCGACUAUGGCCAUCUUCAUCGGCUGCACAAAUUUCACCGCCAGAAAAAAGUCAAUGCGGCGCGUCCGGAGCUUGCCGUCGUCCGUGCGUCGGUACCAAUUUCGAGACCGAGCAUAAUCGGACGCCCCGAUUUUUUUAUACGAUACGGCGAAAAGGAAAAGGAGGCGGUGGCGAGCUUCGACUUCCUAGACGAACUGAGCACGACGAGCAGCUCGCUAUCUUGCUCGCUCGAAGAGAACGAAGACAAACUAACCGAGACGAAUAUGAAAGAAACUAUUAAUCGAUCUGAUUGUGUUAUAGAAAUUAGCUGCGAUCUGCAAAGUUAGUGACUAUUUUCAUAUUUCUUUACGAUGUAUAUUAUCCCUCGCUAUUUAUUUAAAAAAUGUUGAUGACUAUAUGUACAUAUGUUUGGUAUUUAUUAUUUUUGUGUAUACGGAAGAACGGAGGGACUACCUUUUUUUCAAACUUGAUAUGGUGUACUUAGGCAUGUAAAUGAUUUGAAACGAUACGAAUUAAAGUUUUGUAGUCCAGAGUACGUUGUGAUAAUAUCCUCUAAAAGUAACAAUAAAUAUCUGUUUUAUGUUAAAUAUAGACAUAGAUUAUCGUGUACAGAUAUAAACGCAAAUAAAAAUACUCGUUUGGA